AUGUCUUUGAAACCAAGAGUAGUAGAUUUUGAUGAAACAUGGAACAAACUUUUAACGACAAUCAAAGCUGUUGUUAUGUUGGAAUACGUCGAAAGAGCAACAUGGAAUGAUCGCUUCUCAGAUAUCUAUGCUUUAUGUGUGGCCUAUCCUGAACCCCUUGGAGAAAGACUUUAUACAGAAACUAAAAUUUUUUUGGAAAAUCAUGUACGGCAUUUGCAUAAGAGAGUUCUGGAGUCUGAAGAACAAGUACUUGUUAUGUAUCAUAGGUAUUGGGAAGAAUAUAGCAAGGGUGCAGACUAUAUGGACUGCUUGUAUAGAUAUCUCAACACCCAGUUUAUUAAAAAGAAUAAAUUGACAGAAGCUGACCUUCAGUAUGGCUAUGGUGGUGUAGAUAUGAAUGAACCACUUAUGGAAAUAGGAGAGCUAGCAUUGGAUAUGUGGAGGAAAUUGAUGGUUGAACCACUUCAGACCAUCCUUAUCCGAAUGUUGCUCCGAGAAAUCAAAAAUGAUCGUGGUGGAGAAGACCCAAACCAGAAAGUAAUCCAUGGGGUUAUUAACUCCUUUGUUCAUGUUGAACAGUAUAAGAAAAAAUUCCCCUUAAAGUUUUAUCAGGAAAUCUUUGAGUCUCCCUUUCUGACUGAAACAGGAGAGUAUUAUAAACAAGAAGCUUCAAAUUUAUUACAAGAAUCAAACUGCUCACAGUAUAUGGAAAAGGUUCUAGGUAGAUUAAAAGAUGAAGAAAUUCGAUGUAGAAAAUACUUACAUCCAAGUUCAUAUACUAAAGUGAUUCAUGAAUGUCAGCAACGAAUGGUAGCAGACCACUUACAGUUCUUACAUGCAGAAUGUCAUAAUAUCAUCCGACAAGAGAAAAAAAAUGACAUGGCAAAUAUGUAUGUCUUACUUCGUGCUGUGUCCACUGGUUUACCUCAUAUGAUUCAGGAGCUGCAAAAUCAUAUCCAUGAUGAGGGCCUUAGAGCAACCAGUAAUCUCACUCAGGAAAAUAUGCCAACACUAUUUGUGGAAUCGGUUUUGGAAGUACAUGGUAAAUUUGUUCAACUUAUCAACACCGUUUUGAAUGGUGAUCAGCACUUUAUGAGUGCACUGGAUAAGGCCCUUACAUCAGUAGUAAAUUACAGAGAACCCAAGUCUGUUUGCAAAGCACCCGAACUGCUUGCUAAGUACUGUGACAACUUAUUAAAGAAAUCAGCAAAAGGGAUGACUGAGAAUGAAGUAGAAGACAAACUCACAAGCUUCAUUACCGUUUUCAAAUAUAUUGAUGAUAAGGAUGUUUUUCAAAAGUUCUAUGCAAGAAUGCUGGCCAAACGUUUAAUUCAUGGGUUAUCUAUGUCUAUGGAUUCCGAAGAAGCCAUGAUCAAUAAACUAAAGCAAGCCUGUGGUUAUGAGUUUACCAGCAAGCUGCAUCGGAUGUAUACAGAUAUGAGUGUCAGUGCUGAUCUCAACAAUAAGUUCAACAAUUUUAUAAAAAACCAAGACACAGUCAUAGAUUUGGGAAUUAGUUUUCAAAUAUAUGUUCUACAGGCUGGUGCAUGGCCUCUUACUCAGGCUCCUUCAUCUACAUUUGCAAUUCCUCAGGAAUUGGAAAAAAGUGUACAGAUGUUUGAAUUAUUUUACAGCCAACAUUUCAGUGGAAGGAAACUUACAUGGUUGCAUUAUCUUUGUACAGGUGAAGUUAAAAUGAACUAUUUGGGCAAACCAUAUGUAGCCAUGGUCACAACAUACCAAAUGGCAGUUCUUCUUGUCUUUAACAACAGUGAGACUGUCAGCUAUAAAGAACUUCAAGACAGUACUCAGAUGAAUGAAAAGGAACUGACAAAAACCAUCAAAUCUUUACUCGAUGUAAAAAUGAUUAACCAUGAUUCAGAAAAGGAAGACAUCGAUAUAGAAUCAUCAUUUUCAUUAAAUAUGAACUUCAGCAGUAAAAGAACAAAAUUUAAAAUUACUACAUCGAUGCAGAAAGAUACACCACAGGAAAUGGAACAAACUAGAAGUGCUGUAGAUGAGGACCGAAAAAUGUAUCUUCAAGCUGCUAUAGUUCGUAUCAUGAAAGCGCGAAAAGUGCUUCGGCAUAAUGCCCUUAUUCAAGAGGUGAUUAGCCAAUCAAGAGCUAGGUUUAAUCCAAGUAUCAGCAUGAUUAAGAAGUGUAUUGAAGUUCUGAUAGACAAACAGUACAUUGAACGCAGCCAGUCGUCAGCAGAUGAAUACAGUUAUGUAGCGUGA